AUGGCAGAGGAGCAAAACGACAUCAGCAAGCCCUCCCUCCAGGAGUUCAUUAUCUGUGAAAAUGUUUCAAAUUCCAGCAUACAAAUCAAAGAGACGAAUAUUCUACAAGGCCGCACCAUUGGUACCUGGGGAGCCAUCUCGCUGAUUGUGAACAACAUUAUCGGCGCGGGAAUAUUCUCGACUCCGACGUCAAUCUUUAAACUCAGCGGUAGCCCUGGCUUAGCUCUGAUUCUUUGGGUCAUCGCAGGUAUUAUCUCAACAUGUGGCGCCAUGGUCAUGUUGGAGUUUGGAUGCAGUAUUCCAAGAUCAGGUGGUAUGAAGGUUUAUCUUGAAAGAUCUUACUCGCCGAAGCUAUUGAUGACGUGCAUUUACGUCUUUUACUGUGUCUUUUUGCGUGAGUUGCAAGCUCUUCCUGUGUCCUCACUUCCGCUUGUUAAUUUCCAUUCUUCUUCCGACUCAGAGACCUCGGCGAGCAACGCAUUCACAAUCUCGUCAUACCUCCUCGAAGCCGGUGGCGCCGAUACGACAGAUUGGAUGCUACGUGGAUUGGCUAUUGCUGCCGUCUCAUUUGCGGUGGGGAUCCAUACCGUGGCACCACGAAUUGGAAGAGGAUUGCAGGAUAUCCUAAGUGCUGUGAAACUAUUUACCCUCUUUUUCAUCGUGUGCACCGGAUUUGCUGCGUUAAGAGGUUAUCUUCGUGUUCCCAAACCGGAUAACCUCAGCGCAACGACUUCUUUCCAAGGAACCUCCAGCAGUGGCUAUAGCAUUGGGACAGCCUUGUUAAAUGCUGUUUUUUCAUUCCAGGGAUAUGACAACUUGAAUGCGGUCAUGUCAGAAGUUAAAAAUCCCCAACGUACUCUCCGCAUCGCUCUGCCUACUGCCAUGGGCAUGGUAACUAUCCUUUAUGUUUUGGUAAACAUUGCAUAUUUUGCGGGUGUCUCAAGAGAUGAAUUUCUGGGCUCUGAUUUAACUAUUGCCGCCUCGCUUUUCAAAAAUGUCUUUGGCCAGUCUGCAGCAGUGAAAGCCUUGCCCGCAUUGGUGGCUAUCUCCGGUAUCGGCAAUCUCCUUAGUGGUGCUUUUACCGUUUCCCGGGUUAUUCAAGAACUGGCGAAGGAUGGAAUCACUCCAUUUCCAGACUUGCUCAUGCAGAAUUGUCCAUUCAAAACACCCAUAGUGUCUCUUGCUAUUCAUCUUGGAGUCACGAUCGUUUUCAUCUGCGCUCCUCCAGCACACGAUGCCUUUAAUUUUGUCGUUAGACUCGGCACUUACCCGGCGGUAUUUCUCUUGACCCUUGUCACUAUUGGGUUAAUUAAACUGCGUCUGUCCAAAGGCGAGAACUUCAAAUCUUCUUUUACCGCCCCGUGGGCUGUUCUUGCACUUUAUCUUGCUGGAAACAUUUUCCUACUCGUGAUGCCUUUUGUUCCGCCAAAAAACGGGAAAGAAAGCACGGGACUUCCAUAUUACUUGUCUCCUGUAGUUGCGAUGGCCAUACUUGCCCUGGGGGUCAUAUACUACGUCAUUCGCUUCCUGCUCUUUCCCAAGAUCUUUGGUUAUGAUCUUGAUUUGAUGACUGUUGACUUGAGUGAUGGAUCACAGGUCUCAAGAUACAGGACGAGAAAGACCAGGGGAUAA